AUGAAGUUCGACGUCCUCAACAUCGGCGUCGCGCUCAGCCUGGGUCUGAUCCUGGUCGGCGCUCCGGACGCGUCGGAGGCGGCGACGCCUCGGCGUGCGCACGCCAAGCCCGAGCGACGACAGAUCUGGCGCGACAACGAGUGGUACGCCGACUGCAAACAGGGCGAGACGUGUUCCGCCACCAUCGUGGCCGCCGUCCGGGCAGCUGCCGAUUCAGUCAGCCCGCAAGCUACCUGGAACAGCGGCAGAAAGGAGUUUACAAAGGCCUCGGUGUACGAGAUGGCCAAGACGAUGCCAAGAGGCGCAAAGGCCGCCGUCUGCUACCACGGCGACUUUGGCUUCUCGCACCCUGACCUCGUGUGGCAGAGUUCCAUCAUCAAGUUCAGGUGCAGCACCGGCGACGACUUCACGUACACCUGCUUCUACAUGGGCGGUCCCAACGAUUUUUGGACGUACAACGAUGGCGGGUACGUCAAUCUCGCCCUCCGGUACACGGCAGACUGUCAUUUUGACGAGAAGGCCGACCUGCACUGCAAGUGA